UCACCUUUGGUCAAGAAAGUGAUAAUACGAGAAAAAAAACCUCUGAGUAGAAAGAGGAAGUGAGAAUGAAUAAACUCAACUUGAGUCAGUUGCUAGCGGUACUCGGGGCAGAACAGAUGUAUUAAAGUUGCCUUUCGCUGCCCGCUGUGAUGCGGACGUGAUUUAGGAUUGUCAUAGUUCUAGAUGUGAGAUACAAACAUUCUAGGGGACUUAUUACUUUCUAGACGCUGUGAUGUGACUGUAGUUGUACUUUGCCUAAAUGUAUUAUGUUAUAGUUCUAAAGAAUUCAAAUUUUUUACCAAAUGAUUUACAUCUUUUACAGAUAAAAUUGUAUAAAUCAUGUCCACAAGCGUGAAGCUAAGUGCGUGUUGCGUCUUCUUGUUGUGUAUAUCAGAAGGUAACGCAAAGAAGCCAUUAGAUAAAGAUUGUAGUGAUUAUUAUCCAGAGCAACACGAAGACAAGAACUCUUGUAUCUUUGAAGAUCAUAAUUAUAAUGAAUUUUCAGCCUUGAACGUUGAUAAUUAUCAAACUACAUUUCUGAACAGACACCAAAAAGCUCGAGACGAUGAUUGGGACAAGAGACUUGGCAAGAAGACGUUCUAUUCCGAUCCUAACCAGACACUUGAGCAUUGCACUUGUGUCUCUACGCGAUGUGAUUGUUCAAGAAGUCAUCUAAAAGAUGUUCCCAAAGAUCUUCCUCGAAACGUGACACAUCUCAAUCUGGCUUUAAACUUAAUUUCAAAAUUGCCCGACUGUACUUUUUGUAACUAUAAACAACUGAUCUACUUAGAUUUGUCUUCCAAUAAAUUAUCUCGACUUGGAAUCGCCUCUUUCAGGGGACUUGAAAACUUGACAAUGCUAAACUUGUACAAUAACAGCCUUAUCUAUCUCAGCCAAACAUUUCCAAUCGGUGUCUUUUCUGACUUGAAAUCUCUACGUUGCUUGAAACUGAAUAGAAACAUUGAGAAUAACUACAGUUCAUCGUUUAGAUAUCCCGAUAAAGCGUUGUCUAAGCUCACCAACUUGGAGACCUUAUACCUCGAUGGUUUUAUAAGGGCUGUCUUUGGAAGUGGUUUUAGGAACUUGAUAAAACUUCGAUCUUUAGUAUUAGCUGGGCACAAAGAAGGUUACUGUUUAAUAAAUGGUUUCGACAAUAGAUCUUUCUUAAAUGUCAAACAAAUAACUCUAUUGAAUGUGAGUAAUUGCAAUAUCUGGGCAGACAAACAAACAGAAUAUAUAUUUAAGCCUCUAGUAAAUCUCCAGACACUAGACGUUAGCUAUAACCUGGAUAUUGGCGUUAACUAUUUGAUGCGUGCAUUAAAGACUAUGGACCAAAAUAACAUCACAAGACUCAUAAUGAAUUAUAUUGAAUCCAGUUAUCAUCCAUCAAUAACCAUUAGUAAGUCUAUGGCACAAAGUUUGCCAAUUUCGUUGCGUUAUUUGGAAGCUCAGGGAAAUAAUUUUGAAUCCUUGAAUGAGGGUGCUCUUCAAUUCAUGCCUCCAAAUAUCAGUUAUAUUGACGUAGGGGGAAAUAGGUUCUUAUACGGUAAAUACAUCCAUGAUCUGCAUUCGCUUAAAGCACUCAAAGUUUUGAAGUUAAAUGGCGGGAAUAAUCUCCAUAUUAUACCUAGAUAUGAACCAAUGUUAACACGUCCCAACAAUACCGGGCAAGGGAAUUCCAUUGCUCCCCCGAAACGACUUAUUUUCAACCUCCCGCCAAAUUUACUUUGUUUAGACAUGAAAUUACUUGGACUGUCCUACAUUCUGUCCGAACUUACAAUAGACAAGAAUAAUUCUUUGGAUUUCUUGAUUCUAAGCAAUAACUAUCUUCCCAACCUUCUAGGACCUGUUUAUGGUCUAUCAAAACUACGCAAACUUUAUUUAAACGGCUGUGCAGUACAGCAAAUCCACGAAGGAAUGUUCCAGCAUCUGGACGCAUUACAAGAACUCAGUCUUAAAAGUAACAUACUUGAAUUUUUCUUUAAAUACACAUCCAAAAGACAAAUCUUCCGGUAUCUUAAAAACCUAAAAAUUCUUGAUCUAGCACUGAAUGACCUGUCCCUUGUUUACGGUGGCAUUUUUAAAGACCUUGACGCACUAGAAGAGAUUAAUUUGAACCAUAAUAACAUGUGGAUGUUUAAUAUAAGUAUUUCCAAUAUGUCCAACCUUCACAUGCUGAACCUAAGCCACACGCAACUGGGUACCUUGCCUUUACAGACACGCCAAGAUAUUGAUCGCUUAGUGAAAACGCAAAACAUCACAGUUGACAUGUCUGGCAGUCCCAUACGCUGCGAUUGUACAAACCUAGACUUUAUACAAUGGAUGGUCAGCUCCAGGGCUUUUGAUGCCAACUUCGAAGGAUAUCUGUGCCUAUAUCCAGACACAAGUUAUAAAAAAAAUCAAGAUGCUUAUAAAGAAAUUCUAAAUCGUCUUCGAUUCCAAUGUGCUGACAACUCGACUAUGUUCUUGGUGGUCCUCUCUGUCACACUUUUAAUGGUCACUACCGUAGCUGGUGCUGUCGUGUAUAGGUUUCGCUGGAGACUGAGGUAUUUGUACUACGUGGCCUACUUGGUGGUCAAAAAGAAAACAAAAGACAAAGGGAGAGAAGAGAAUUUUCUAUACGAUGUUUUUAUUGCGUAUGCUUCUGAGGAUGAGGAGUUUAUUUUGGAGAGCCUUUUGCCAGCAUUAGACCGUCGUGAGCUGAGAGUCUUGGUCCACGGGCGAGACUUUGCUGUGGGGGAAUUCAUCGCUUCCAACAUUGUGACUGCCGUCAAAGAGAGCCGGAAAACUUUAGUGGUUCUCACACGAAAUCUUCUCAACAGCACCUGGUGUAACUUUGAACUGCAGAUGGCCAACAUGGAGUCAGUCCACACAGGGCGUCCAGUACUUGUGUUUCUCAUCAAAGAAUCCAUACCUACGACAGAGCUGACGGCUGACCUCUUGUAUCACCUUAAUAAAAACACGUACCUGGUGUACCCGCAAGGGGAGGUCACUGAUGUGUUCUGGAACAAACUGGCCAGGGACAUCAUGCGUCUCUAGGCUAUUUGAUCUAAACGUAAAUCGUGAAAAUGUGGACAAAUGCCAGAACGGAUCAGUGUAAUGCAGAAAUGAGAGCAAUAUGUUGAUGAUACCCUCCCAUAGUUCAGUUACAAAUAAAUAAAUAAAAAAACUUGAUGGAAUUUUCAUUACGGAUAUUAGAUCAAUAUUAAGCUUAAGUCAAGGGGAGUUCGUUUUACAAGAUAUUUUUUUUUUGUCAAAUAGUAACGUCCAUUCAUGUUAUAUUGUGUUUUAAUUUGGCUUUUAUUUAGCUUAUAUAUUGACGUUCAGUAGCUUUGAUUUGGUUUCAAUUUGUCUUCUGUACAUUGUAUAUAAUUGUUAUAUAUAUAUAUAUAUAUAUUGUUAUAUAUUUAGGUAGAUUUAAUUGUGUUAUACGUUAUAUUCACUAUAACACCUUUUUUUUCUUCUAAUUUGUCUGUAAAUUUGCUUAACGGCAACACAUUUAAUAUUCACGUUGAGCAUACCACUUUAAUAACACUCUUCGUCUCCUUUAUCUUGACCUUAAUUUUCAUCGACACAGUGCAUAUACAGCCAUGUAAGCAUCGAAGUUGAUUUAUUUCGGUGGUUGGCAUUAGUAGGGGAAAGUGCAGUGAUAGACAAGCCGACAUGGACAUCUCUACCCACUACAAGCCCAUCCCUAUCUACCACAUAGCUUUUAUAUAGGCUUAGAGCAUGUUCAGAGCGCAAUCUCAU